ACUCCCGUUGGCCCCGCGGCGCCUCUUCUCGGCGGCUCCGUUUUGGGUCGGAUCAUGAGCGGUCCCGGCGGGGCGACGGAGAGCGGGACCCCCCCGGAGGGGAGCGGGGACACCCCGGUGGGGAGCGGGAUCCCCCCGGCGCUGCCCCAGGACUACGAACUGGCCGGCAAGGUGAUGUUACUCGGAGACUCAGGCGUGGGGAAAACCUGCUUCCUGCUCCAGUUCAAAGACGGGGCCUUUCUCUCCGGGACGUUCAUAGCCACCGUGGGCAUAGAUUUCCGGAACAAAGUGGUGGCUGUGGACGGGGUGAAGGUGAAGUUGCAGAUCUGGGACACGGCAGGACAGGAGCGUUUCCGCAGCGUCACCCACGCCUACUACAGGGAUGCCCAAGCCCUGCUCCUGCUCUACGACAUCACCAGCAGGAUGUCCUUCGACAACAUCCGCGCCUGGCUGACGGAGAUCCACGAGUACGCCCAGAAGGACGUGGUCAUCAUGCUGCUGGGCAAUAAGGCCGACGUGAGCAGCGAGAGGGUUGUGAGGACAGAGGAUGGAGCAUCGCUGGCCAGGGAGUACGGUGUGCCUUUCAUGGAGACAAGCGCCAAGACGGGUAUGAACGUGGAGCUGGCCUUCCUGGCCAUUGCCAAGGAGCUGAAGCAGCGCUCAGUGCAGCCAUCGGAUGAGCCCCGCUUCCAGAUCCAUGACUACAUCGAGUCGCAGAAGAAGACAUCCAGCUGCUGUGCCUUCGCCUGAGAGUGGCCAGGAGGAGCCAGCAGCCCCAGGGCCAGGAGGGAGAAAAGCAGGGGCCCAAUCCUGCCCUCGAGCACCCAAGGGAACCAGGCUCUGACAAGCCAAGUGUGGAUGGGACAAUAUGGCAGAGCAGAGCCUGCAUGAGGAGAGCCGUCACCACCGCACCAGGACCCAGGGGCUGGAUCCUGCUGCCCUGCGAGGCAGUGCCUGGAGCUUACUGUGUGCCAUCGGGGGAGUACCCGCGGUGUGAUGACUGCCAGCCUGGCCAGCGAGCCACAGUGAUGCCUCCAUCACCCAAGCAGGAUGCAGGACACGGUCCCACACCUGGCUGAAGGCCCCUUGGAGUGGCUGGAGGGGCCUGUGUGUGCCAUGGAUGAGCCCCUGCGCAGCCCCUGGCCCUCUCCUCCCCUGAAGCCAUCCCUGCUCUUGGGCCUGAUCCAACCCCAUGUGUCCCCAGAGCUGGUGAGCUCUGGUUUCCCUCCAGGGACCCACAGCUCUGCCCCGCUAAGCCACCCCAUGUCAAGGUACAUUGGGUGCCCAUGCUCAGCUGUGGCUCCUCGUUGCUGUGGUUGCUGCCGUUGGCUUUUAUCCUCUGCUGCCCUGAGGGCAGCAACAUCUCUGUUGUGUCCUGGUUCUGCCAGAGGGAAGGGCCGGGAUGGGGAAGCAUUUGACCAAACCUCCUCCCUGGCCCUGCAGCUGGCAUGAGAAAUAAAGCUCCCCUGGGAGUGCCCGAGCGAUGCGUGGGGCACUUCUAGUACGCAGAGCAAUUUGGAAAAAAACUUUAUUUCCCCCUCUUAUAGCCACAGGGAUUGCAGAUAUUUUUUUUUUCACCUGGUAAGCACUUUUCCUCUUCAAUCCCUCCAGACAAAACCAUCUCUGGGCUCAUGCAGGCUGGAGCUGGUGGGGUGGGGGUGCCCACGGUGGCUGGGGCUGCCGUGCCUGCCGGGUGCCAGGGCGGGCUGGAUUGCUCUCCUUUCACUGCACAUGUAAAACAACUGCUUCUUCCUGCCGCUGGCAAAUAGCAGCUGAAACCCACUCUCUGGAGACCAGAUGCCUGAGAUGCUUCAGCCAACAAACGCCGCUGCUUUGGGCACCGGUGGGGCACAGGGUGCAAGGCUUGAGCCCCACGUUGCUGCACAUCCCCAGUGCUCAGUCUGGCCCUGCCGACCCCCCCAGCACAUUGCUGGCUCCCCCAGGUGCUACCUAGGGUGGUGAGAUGGUGGAUAUUUGGUUAUGCAGCCAAAGAGUUGAUGCAGAGGGCACGUAGGAGUUGGGGACCGUCCGGCACAUCCGUCCCCAACAGCAUCUUCCCUGGCCCUGCGCCCCAGCUGCUCAUCUCUCACCAGCCCCGGUGCCUCCUUCACCCCCGCUCUGCUCCCAGGUCUCUCUUUGCAAGUUUACACAUUAAAGCUGAGUAUUUUGGAGGCUUUG